GAAACUCGCCGCCAUUUCAGUUGUUGGUGUCCUUGCAGUCGUCAUCGAUGCGGGGGACAUAGAUCAAGGCACCAUCGGUUUGGUUCUGCUAGCGUCAGGUGUCCGUGCGCUAUUUGUUUCUAUGGGAAUUGCGAUCCUCUAAAAUGUCACUCUGAAAACUCGCGACGUGAAAGUCUCUGGAGUGACUACAGUGAUUUGAGGAGCGGUGAAGACAACGACAACAACUACAACGAUCCAGAUUGGCGUCAUACUGCUGCUUAUGACAACAGUGAAGAUCACGGCGGUAGAGAAAACGAAAAUUUCCGGAUAACUAUUAGCCCCACUUCUACUUCCAAUCCCAGCAAGAGCGAGGAUUUGUUGAACGACGAAGAAUCCGUGAACGAGGAGGGCGACGACGGCGACCACAACUAUUAUCGUAGCCCUGCUAACGACGAAGAAUCCCAGACACUCCUCAUUUCCAGUACCUCCCCAGGUUUCAGGGAGACCAACAACUACAACGAUCCAGAUUGGCGUCAUACUGCUGCUUAUGACAACAGUGAAGAUCACGGCGCUCCCAUCAAGAUCAGGGACUCAUUGAACGACCGAGAAUCCAUGAGCGAGUAUUUGCUGGACGACCGAGAAUCCGUGAACGAGGAGGGCGACGACGGCGACCACAACUAUUACCGUAGCCCUGCUAACGACGAAGAAUCCCAGACACUCCUCAUUUCCAGUGCUCCCUCAGCUCCCAUCAAGAUCAGGGACUCAUUGAACGACCGAGAAUCCAUGAGCGAGUAUUUGCUGGACGACCGAGAAUCCACGAGCGAGGAGGGCGACGACGGCGACCACAACUAUUAUCCG